AUAGCUUGAUAGCAUGAGGCUUUAACCCCUGUGCUACCAGGAAGGCCAGGUAAAAAUAAUCUGAUAGAAAUAGGAUGUCAUUUUAAGUUCUUGUUAAGGGUGUCACCUGUCAAAUGCUUUAUUUUAGCAACAAGACAAGGAGACACACUAGCAAGAGAACAGGGCAGUUCAAGGGUGAGUGAGACACAGUGGUGCUGGGGACAGGAUGAAAUGGGUGACCCUGAGAGCUAUCUCCAAGGACAAAUCCAAAAUAGUCUGUUCCUACUGCCCAGGGGUUUUCCAGAAAAAAAUGCCACAGAUUAGCACCUUUAAUAAAUUCAGAAUCCCCACACUAGGUUGCACUUAGAAGAACCCACAUAAUAAGGUAAGAAUCCUACUAACUUUUUACUCUUUGCAGAUGCACUUCGCUGUAUUCCCCCGAGCCCAGGCAUCCAGGGUGAGGUCCACCUCACUGGCGGCUGAUUGGGGCAUGGCCCCGCUGCCUCUCUUGCUCACCCCGAAGCCUCUGCAUUUAGCUGAGGACCCAAGCACAGAGGGUGCUAAAUAACAACACACGGGUGGAGAACCAUGGAGUCCUUCAGCUCAAAGAAUCUGGCCCUGCAGGCGGAGAAGAAGCUACUGAGCAAGAUGGCAGGUCGGUCCGUGGCUCAUCUCUUCAUCGAUGAGACCAGCAGUGAGGUGCUGGACGAGCUCUACAGGGUGUCCAAGGAGUACACGCACAGCCGGCCCCAGGCGCAGCGGGUCAUCAAGGACCUGAUCAAGGUGGCCAUCAAGGUGGCCGUGCUGCACCGCAGCGGCUGCUUCGGGCCCAGCGAGCUGGCCCUGGCUGCCCGCUUCCGCCAGAAGCUGCGGCAGGGCGCCAUGACAGCGCUCAGCUUUGGCGAGGUGGACUUCACCUUCGAGGCAGCCGUGCUGGCCAGCCUGCUGACCGAGUGCCGGGACACGCUGCUGGAGCUGGUGGAGCACCACCUCACGCCCAAGUCCCACGGCCGCAUCCGCCACGUGUUCGACCACUUCUCUGACCCCGGCCUGCUCGCUGCCCUCUACGGGCCCGACUUCUCUCAGCACCGCGGCAAGAUCUGUGACGGGCUCAGGAAGCUGCUGGACGAGGGGAAGCUCUGAGCGCCCGAAACAGCGCCCUGCACCUCGGCAAGACGGCUGCCCAGAAAACACAACGGCCUUUCUAACCCUGCUCACCUGCACUAACGCGCUUCAGUCCUCGGGCUUCAGCCUUCCCCCAGAGUGCUCGAGACUCCAAGGCCACCCCACCCCCAAACUGCCGGUGGAGAAGAAGCAGGGCUGAGGGCUGAGGCCUCUCUCCCAUUCCGGCCCCGGGACAGGAAACAAAGCGGCCUGAAAAAGAUGAAGUGAAACCUGGAUCUCUAUCUCCCCCACGAGGGACAUUUGAAACAGGGAAGCCCCCUCCCCUAUGAGCCAGGGGAGGAGAGCAGAGCCCACUAACCCUUCUGGGGACACUAAAGACAGAGGGGGGUGAGGGGUUCCUUAGAGACAUCCUAGACCGCCAGUUCCAGGCAGAGCCUGCACUCCAGAAUGCAGGGAGAUUAUUACAGGGAAAAUAAAACAACUAAAACAUGCACAGGGCUCCAUGUUUAAUGUCCCAGCUUCACCCACCUCGUGUCA